AUGGAGAAUCUUAUAACUUAUCCAUGGCGUAUCGGAAAAGAGGACUAUCAAACUAUUCUGUAUUGCAUUGAAAAUAUUCAUCAUAUUGUGGGUGCAGAAUUCGUCUUCCCCUCCAAGUAUGUCUUUUGUCGAUACAUCGAGGGUUUUUUCACUGGAAGUCAUGGACAUUUGCCUCUGCUUCAUCUUCCUACAGUUUCCGUUGCGAAGUUGACCCCAUCAUUGAUUCUAGCAAUCAUGGCUAUGGGUGCACAGUAUCGAUUUGAGAGUAAACGUGCUGUUUGCUUUUACAGAGCGUCGAAAUCAGUAAUUGAUCAUUUUAUCCGUGUGAACUCACCAUGUCCCGCAUUCUCCCAUUCAAGGACAGAUGAGGAUUUUACCCUUGCCAAGAAAGAUAUGCUAGAGACUUUGCAAUCACAAAUUAUUCUCUCGACCCUCGGGAUUUGGGGACAUCGCGACCUGCUACAUGAUUCCGCAUCCAUGACCGCGCAGAUAGCGCAAACUCUUCGAGAUUGCGGCCUAUUCAAUGAUGAGAAUUCUGAGAGCGAAUCGUGGAAUACAUGGAUUGAAAGAGAGGGACAACGACGCACUAUAUUUACUGCUUAUCAACUAUCCAACAAUCGAUCCAUUUUAUACAACAUGCCACCAAAGAUUUUGAACAGCGAAAUGAGCACCCUGUAUCUCCCUUCCCCCGAAGAACUAUGGAAAGCACCCAAUGCCACCGAAUGGAAAGCUCUUCGCUCAAAGUGGCCCCGAUGCGUCUCCUUUAGAACCGCAUAUGCCCGAUUAUUCCGACCGAAGCAAACAAGACGAAACCACUCCUGUCUAUCAUCAUUCGGAAACCUAGUCCUCAUCCACGGAGUCUUCCAACACAUUCUCCUCGCCUGGGAAUUCGCCAGUUCAACAUCCCUGCCAACAGAACCAUCAGCAGUCCUACCAGCGGACAUGCUCUCACAAUUCCACGCUGCAUUACGGAGAUGGCAAAGGAGCUGGGAAGCAAGCUCUGACCCGUCCACAAUCACCCCAUCUUCCCCAAAAGGCCCUCUAGGUUUCAACGCAACCGCCAUCUUCCGCAUAGCCUGCAUUCGACUCCACCUAAAUUUAGGCCCGCAUCGCAGCCUAGGAACAUGGAAUCCGGAAGUUAUCGCAAAUGCCUUUCUCAAUGCCCCCAAUCCACAACAAUCACCCCAGGUCUAUCACGCAGUCCUGCAAUCUAUCCAUGCUCUUUCCAUCCCUGUUCGUCUAGGCAUAGAUUACGUCGCACGAACACAGACUCUGACAUGGAGCACAAUCCACUCUCUCUGUAAUUUGGAAUGUGCUUUAUUCUUAUGUAAGUGGCUUGAGACUCUGGCCGUUACUCCAGGAGAGCUACAUAAUGAUACGAAGCGGCUUUUGAGGAUUAUUGCAAGUGUACUCCGGGAAGCUGAUUUGGCUCCACCGAGUACCGCUAGUACUGGCGGUGAGGGAGGUCAACAGCUACGGAGAAUGGGGGCUCUACUCGUGCGGUUGCUUUCGGAGAUUUUGAAGGGAGAACAUGUGUUUGAGAUGAUGCGUGUGUUCUGUGAGGCGUUGAGAAUGUAUGCUUGUUUGUUGGAUCAGGGGGCGCACCCUAACGAGGGAAUUUCCGCGUAG